AUGGUUCAAUCCGACGACGGCGCCGGCCGUAAUGAGCUGCCCGCUGGCAACAGCCCUCCAACAGACAUCGCCACAGAUGUGGAUGACGACCGGCCUCCUCCUUUACCCCCGAGAAGACCAUCGAUCCAAGUCGAUGCUGGCUACCUCUCGAAGCCAACCACUGCCCUUUCCUCCAUCGACAUCCAGACGCUAUCAUUCCCUGAUGGCUCACGAGGCACCUUCGAAGGCGGGGCUGGAGUCUCCAACUCCAAGUCAACAUCUCGGGUGCCCAGUGGCAGCGCGACGCCUGUUGAACUUGGAGGCUUCGCCCCAGGAUCUGCACUCCCUGGUCGGGGCAGCGAUUUUGGCGACGACUCGGUCAGCAUCAUGAGCUUUUCGCCGACUCUUCGACCGCCUGCGGACCUCGCCAGUCUCGUGGCUGGCGAGAUGAACAAGAACAGCAAAGCGUGGGCAAUGCUUAGGUCGCAGUCCGCCACUAUUCUGCCGUUUCAGAGGGCCAGUCUAACCGACAGGUUUGGAAAGUUCGAGAACGAAUUCGAAGAGAUACCGGCUGAAGGGGCUCUGAACGACGAUGGAAGGCUUGCCAUAUGGAGGUCCAAGCUGAAGCACUACAUGAUACUGUCCUCUGCCGGUAAACCAAUUUGGAGUCGUCACGGGGACCUGAGUCUUAUCAACUCGUCUAUGGGGGUUGUGCAGACCAUCAUAUCAUUCUACGAGGGCAUGAAGAACCCACUCCAAGGAUUCACCGCUGGAAACGCCCGUUUCGUUGUUGCGACGGAAGGACCUCUCUAUUUUGUUGCCAUCAGUAAGCUCGACGAGAGUGAGGCUCAGCUCCGGGAUCAGCUGAAGGCAUUAUACAUGCAGAUUCUCUCCACGCUGACACUCCCAACACUCACGAAGAUAUUUGUGAACCGGCCAUCAACAGAUCUGCGGACUCCACUGCAAGGGACAGAAUCGCUUCUCUCGUCUUUAGCGGACAGUUUUACGAAGGGUUCUCCAACCUCCCUUUUGGGCGCUCUGGAGUGCCUGAGAAUACGGAAAUCACAGAGGCACGCCGUCAACAAUGCGUUUCUCAAGACACGGACCGAAAAGCUGCUCUACGGUCUCAUUGUUGCGGGUGGGAAACUGGUCAGCGUCAUCCGCCCGCGAAGGCAUUCCCUCCACCCCAGCGACCUGCAGUUGAUUUUCAACAUGCUAUUCGAGUCAGGUGGGAUCAAGGCCGGAGGUGGCGAGAACUGGGUCCCUCUCUGCCUCCCGGCAUUCAAUAGUAGCGGCUACCUCUAUAUGUAUGUCAGCUUCUUUGACGAGUCUACGGCAGACGGGGCCAAACAGGCUGCCGUCGCGCCCGAAGACGAGAUUGCUAUUAUCCUCAUAAGCCCGGAUAGAGAGUCCUUCUACGAUUUGAAGGAGAUGCGCGACAAGGUCGCGAGCAGCCUCAAGAAGAACGGCAGUCUCGAUAUCAUCAAAGCAGCCGUCAAGGCCGGCCGGCCUCAGGUGGCAAAUAUUGCACCCGGGAGCCAGGUUAGCCAUUUCGUGUACAAAUCUCGGGCCAACGUGCAAUUCUGCAUGUCAUCACUGGAUCUAUUCUCUAGGUCAAAGGGGGUUUCGCCGAUGACCGCUGCUGAUGGCGCGGAUGAAGAUGGUGCAGAAGCAAGCAAUGGUGACGGUCUCGUCUCGCGCAGGCGCCUCAUGACGCUCUACCACCAGCUGCACGCUUCGGUCCACGCGCGUCACUCGCACCUGAAGGUACUGCACUGCGUCGGGCAGGAUGCCACCAGCCUGGCGUGGGUCACCCCGAUCUUUGAGUUCUACUGCGUAGCGGGACCAAAUGCUUCCCGGGCGGUAAUGACACAAGGAGCCAACAAGAUCAUCCAAUGGGCCAAGAAGGAAGAAGAGCGAUUAUUUAUCAUCGGCGGUGGCGUCUUUUGA